AUGUCGUCGCUGCAUCAAGCCCGUCUUCGGGCGUUGUUCACUGUGUUCAUGACCGCGUUCUCCCUUGCAGCGCAGGCCGCUGUUCCUGCUUCCACAUAUGUCGGCAUGGGAAGUUCCUCCGAUGCCAAAGACAACGUCACAGUUUCUGUCAAUGUUCCUUCGGACAGCACCGAUUCUCUCUUCUACCACUUUUCCGCCCCCUCGGCACAAACGUGGGCUGCAUUUGGGAUUGGCAGCCAAAUGAAAGGUGCUCUGAUCUUUGUCAUGUAUGCUUCGGAAGAUGGCAGUAAUGUAACAGUCAGCCCUCGGCUCGGCGAGGGCCAUGUCAUGCCUCAACACACCUCGAGUGUCACCGUGGAUGUCCUUAGUGGCAGUGGCAUAGUUGACGGGUCGUUCGUGGUCAAUGCCAAAUGCACCGGCUGCCGGAGUUGGAGUGGUGGAAGUGCGGACGUGAACAGCAGCAGCCAAGACAUGAUCUGGGCAUUGGGUCCUUCCGGCACGCUGAAGUCGGACGACACAUCUGCUACCAUCAGCCAACAUGAGGGAUAUAACUUCUUCAACCUGAAUCUUAAAGAGGCAACCGGCACGGGUGGUGUUCCCAGCAUCUCCAAUUCCACCACAGCUGACAACUCGAAUGAUGGGUCAGGAUUUGGCGGCCACAUCAACCCAGGCGUUGCAUUUCAUGCCUUUCUCAUGGUGGCCGCCUUCCUGGUGGUCUUCCCCACUGGAUACUUGGCUCUGCGCGUUUUGGAAAGGGUCUGGCUACAUUGGGGAAUACAAUCGUUUGCCUUGCUCAUGGUUUGCGUCGGCUCCGCGGCUGGCAUUGGUGUCAGCAUUCGCCAGCAAUUGACACCUAGCUUGAAAUCAGGCCAUCAAGUCCUCGGCCUCGUUGUCCUGGCUUUGGUCCUGACCACCUGGACUGUCGGGCUCGUCGGACACCGCAUCUACAAGAAGACGGGAGCGCCAGCGAAGAUCAUGAAGGGCCAUCGCGUGCUCGGUCCUUCCACCAUCUUGCUAGGCCUGGUCAACUGCUUCGUAGGCUUCAACUUUGCCAGCAAUAAUCAUGGCAUGAUCGUCUUCGGUAUCGCCAUGUUGUUGAUGUUCAUCAUCGUCGGCUCGCUCACAUUCUUCAAGCGCCGCCAGAAGAUGCGCAAAGGGGCAAUGAACACCCCUGCCGCAUUCAACUUCCGAGAAGGAGAGUCAGGGAAUGCUGGACCGCCCCCUCCCUUGUACGGCGAAGGUGGAAUCCCAUUGCAAAAUUAUACCAACACUCCGCCUGUGUAUCGCUAGGGUCAAGCUUGGCGCAUUGUUUGGGAUGGAGUCCGGGUCUUGCUAUUCUGGUAUGGGAGCGGAGACGGUACGUCGAUGAGGCGAUUGCCUCUGUGUUUGUAAAAUCUGGUUGCUUCGAAUGAUGAAACCGGGCGCCUUCUUGUUGGCUUUUGAGGCGUUGGACGAGACAGGCAUGGGUAUGGGGCAUGGGGUAUGGGGCAUGGGUGAAUAUGUGCGAUCUGAGCGAACAUAGGGAAAAGCCUCAUGCGAUGAUAGAACAUGGUGGGCAUCUAUGGGCGUGCGGCAUUUGUCUGGGCUUUAGAAGUGAUAUGAACAGCUCCAGUCCUUAACGCAAAAUACUCUGUCCAAUCCUUCUCCUUUGAGCCAUGCAGCCCUGUUGUCGUUGACUCCAACUU